GACCACAGCAAUCAUCUAGCUGCACCAUAAGGAAGAAUUUGAAGAUCCAAAAAUGACUGGAGCUGCAGUGUCCGUGUGCCUACUUUUCCUCCUCUCCGUAUGUUCAGCUUGUUACAUCUCCAACUGUCCUAUCGGAGGGAAGAGGUCCAUCAUGGACGCACCACUGCGCAAGUGCAUGUCUUGCGGCCCCGGGGACAGGGGCCGCUGCUUCGGCCCCAGCAUCUGCUGCGGGGAGGGUCUGGGCUGCCUGCUGGGCUCCCCGGAAUCAGCUCACUGUGUGGAGGAGAACUACCUGCUGACGCCCUGCCAGGCCGGGGGGAGACCCUGCGGACCUGAGGGAGGACGCUGCGCCGCCUCGGGGCUCUGCUGCGAUGCAGAGAGCUGCACCACUGACCAAUCCUGCCUCACAGAUGAGGACGGAGACGACCAAACCAGCCAGUUUGAAGGCAGCGACCCCGGAGAAAUCAUCCUGAAGCUACUGCGUCUGGCCAGCCACUCUUCUCACCGAAUCCACCAAUGAGUUGCUCCCGAGUGUCUCGCUGCAGAGACCGAAAGGGAUUUGUAGUUCAUACUGCAUACAGUAGCUGUGUUUCUUUCUUUGCCAUCAUUGAUUUUCUGUAGAAUGCCUUUGUCAAUAUAUUUUUACGUACGAAAAUAGGGAUGAAUACAGACAGGUCAUCCAGAUAUCUGCAUAAAGAAAUAAAGUUUGGAGAGAGUAUAAAACGCUGCUCUGGGUUUUAUUUCAUUGCCACCUGAUUUAGGCUUCCAUGAAAUUUUUAAACUACUGCAAAUUUUCAAAAAACCUUCUCUUCACAAAGAAAAGGAGUCAGCAUUUGCCUUAUCAGGCGCUGUGUUUGAUUAUAUUCCACUAUCACCAAGUGUACAAAGCCCAAAGCUGUUCUUAUCAUCCAGAUCCCUCACAUGAUGCUGUGUUUGUUUUCUGGCAACUCCACUGACACACUAUCGUGAUUGCAAAAGUUCCAUUGAUUAUCUGGUCACCUUUGAUCCACUUUUGUGAACAUUACUGUUCAAUUUCUGUUCCAUAGGGGAAAACGAGAGCAAAUUAUGUUUGAACAUACCAGACUGAAGGAUUCACAAAAAAGACAAACAGCUCCAAAACAUGCAUUACUGAAAGUAUGUGGUGAAGUAUUCAUGAUCUGUGGGAGCUCCCGCUAUCUUAUCAUGAAUAGUGACUUGAUCUAAAUUAAAGUACCUUUAGAAUCAAACGCUGACCAGAGUACACCGUGUGGAAAUGUGGGCAAGGAAGCAUUUACCAACUUAUACUUAUGCAAUUCACAUAUAUUUGACAAAAUGUGCAUUUUACUCCAUGACUGUAACUUAUACUGAAGUUGCACCUUUGUAACUAACUGUGAUUAAUUAUUUGUUCCUUUAAUACAUGAUAUAUUGAUUUUGAUGUAUUCCCAUCCUGUAUGCAGGUAAACAAAUAUCAAAUAAAC